GCCAAGCCCAGGCUGACAAUACAACAAUACAGUCAAAGAAAGCUACUUUUCACUGUAUGUCGUAGCCUAGGCCCAGGAAUAGAGGGGGAUCUACACCACACGAUACUGCAACACCGAUACCGACGUCGACCCGACCGACGACCCGACCGACGACUCGCAGGACUCGCAUAAUCGUAUCAUGGCCAGCCUCAUAUAGCUUCCAUUGCCCAUUUGCACAAUCUCUUCAAAUUGUGCUUUUUGUCCGGAGUCCUGCCAUCUCAUCAUGGCUUCUCAAGACCAAUCCUUCAAUUCCAAUAAUCCCUUUAGGCGGAAGCUGGGCACACCUACGAUCUCUACCGAGAACCCCGCUGCGAUACCUGCGACCAGUUUCGACGGACAUUUCGAUUCUAUUCCACGAGUGCCAUUCACCAGCUUCAAGUCAGACCAACCAAAUAAUGAUAGGCGGGAGAGGGAGGAUAAUGAGGAAGUGGUACCAGCACCGCCAAAGCCGAAAAAGGUUGUGAAAAGAGUUCGGGUCCAAUCACCACCUCCGUCUUCGCCUGAAGAUGCAGUACCUGUAGCCCGAUUUCCACCCAUAAGCGAUGACGAGGACGAGGACGACAACGAAGAUGACGACGAUGAUAGUAAUAGUAGUGAUUCAGAAGACCAUGAUGAACAUAUUGGUCGAUACAAAACCGUUUCGUUCCCCGCCCGGGAUAAUGAUAGCGUUAGCACCGAGCAUACCCAAACAGGGCCACCACCAAAUCCAUUUUCCAAAACGUUGCAGGACUUAGAACAGACGGGGCAAGACCAAGAUACCAGUAUAUUUGCAGCUGGUGCCACGGCAAAAGGAGCCCUCGAUGUAGACUCAUUCAAGAGAUUGCUAUUAACUGGCUAUGCGAAUAUCCCGGGACCAUCAUCUACGUCGGCAUCCGGUACGGGAGGGAAUUCCGGGCUCUCAACAAAUUUGCACGCAUCCCUGCAUGAUGGCGCGAGUAAUACGGAUGCUAGUUCCGUAUCCCGUCAAUCCAUCUUUGAUGCUAUAUCAGAUACACCUCGAACAUCACAUGAAAUCUCCGAGCCGGAAGAUCCUGAGGAACGAAGAAGUAUUCUUCCUACCUCACCCCUUUCGUCUAUGACGUCCUCUUCUACGAGGAAGAAGCCACCACCUCCUAGCUCGAGGCAUGGCAAGCUUAUAAAAAUUGAGUUGGGAGCAGAUGCGGAUUCUCGUACUACGAAAACCUCUACCGCUCCUAUAUCUAUCAGCACCACCUCUCUUCCCUCUAUUGCUCCACCCCGUAAAUCUAAUCUCCAGCCCAUAACCGCACCAUCACAAUCUCCUUUAUCAACAGAUGUGAAUAAACCGCUUCCUCUAACCCCUUUCCGCCCUUCCGUGGAAGAGGCCGUCGAUUCUCCUUUCGACCGUGAAGCUAUAGGCAAAGGCCCCGAGCCUUUCGCUGACAUACAAUCAAACCCUCGACCUCCAACACCCCCUGUUGUCACACGGAAUCGCUCCGCAUCUAACGGUAGCACGCAGACUCGCAAGCCAGCAGCACCUCCGCCACGCCGGCACGGAAGGAGCGAUAGUAGAGCACCUUCCAUCCAUACUGGCAACCAGGAUGACGACACCCCUCCGAGGUCAUCCUUGGACUCGAAUCGCUCGCGGACUGACAGCAUACGCACAAGCACCAUAAACGCACCCGCACCACCACCGCCCCGUCGACCAAAUCACGCCAGGCAAGGGAGUUCAUUCACAAGUCCGAGCCAAGCAAGUUUUACUCCAAUACCAGCACUAGGACCGGGUAUUGGCGAAAGCCUACGGAGUCCGACGGGAUCGGGAUUUGGCCCCACGAGCAGUACCGGGCCGAUAGAAGACCCAGGUGCGGCUAGUCUGGCCACAAUCACCACAUCUAAAGACGGUCAACCCAAACUCUCUCCGCCACCUCCACCCCCUACCAGGUCGGCGAGUACCAGACGUCCACCCAGCGUCCGGAGUAUGGACGCGGGUAACGGACUUGGCACCGGCACAACGAGGCGCGUGAGCAAGGAGAAAGAGGGAGUCGCGAUACCACCCCCGCCUCCACCCCCGCCCAGACAACGCGGCAGCAGUCGCGCUAGCGUGGAAACGCCCGCCCCGCCUGCCACGGACGGAGUAAGGAAUCCAAGCGGUAAAGCGGGACAGGGACCUACCGCUGCUGCUCAACCCGAAGGUGACGUCAAGCAAGGAGCAGAAAUCCUGGCCGACAUCGAUGCGUUGCAGAGAGAGGUCGACGCCCUGAUGGGACGUGUUGGGAAGACCGGGAAUUAGCGGGCGUAUGUUGAUAUGGUCUAAGCUCGAACCUUCAAACCCGGAUGCUGUCGAAUAAUACAUCAGGACACAACUUGGUCGAAGUAGGGAUUAACAUUUGGGUCGGAGGGGAGAUGAGUAUAAGUAUAAGUAUGAAUAUCCGUACAUAUCACACGAGAUAUCCGGCAGUACGAGGGCGAACCGAACGCGCUUGCAAUUGGGGCUGGGCAUGAGAUACGAAAUACGCGUCACGUGGGACCGUGAUAUGCGAGACUUGUUUGUAUAGUAGGUAGGGAAUUGGUAAUGCGGAUGGGGUUUGGGUGAGGGGCUACAUAUACAUAUGUAUGCAUGUCGAUGAGUACGAGUACGAGUGCUUUGGUUACUGGUCUGGUUAGGUUAGGUUAGGUGUAGGUAGUGACGCGCAGCGUACAGCGUUUUGGGAAAUCGAAUUGGUUGAGAAUGAAGUGGUGUUUGUUCAGAUGUGAGGUGAGGGUAAAAUGGGUAUUGAACAUAUUCUUUCUGGGGAUGCUUCAAAGGAAGCCCUGCCGAGGUACAUGAAGAAGACCUUGGAAUGUUCAUGAUUGGUUUUUAGUUGUAUUGAUUCUGAUUUGAGCAGCUUGUUGAUACAAUUUGUCUAAGUCAGUAUAUAACACCUACGACAUGUCCCAUGGACUACCUAUCAAAUAAUUGAGUCAAUUGCGAACAA